AUGAAUCCCAUUGAACUCAUCGCUAUCAUUGAUUCGCCAGCAAAUCGUUUCGGUGACUUAAUGCCCGGCCAUUCAGUAUUCACUGGAAAAGAGGGCUCACAAAAGAAGCUCAUUAUAACGAGUGCUUAUAUUGUGGGCGGAAUGGCAUUAAUAGCGAUGAGCUUUAAUUUAGUUCACGAACAAGUUUUGCAUAAAAUGAAAAAAUGUGGCAAAAAGUUGGGAAUUUAUUCCGACGAACCGGUGAUUGAUUUGUCUACCAAUGAAACACAUGACGAAGACUUUGAUAAAGAGAGGCACGGAUUGAACGACUGGAUCGGGAAGAAUGCGGUGACGGCUCUGUUGGCGGCGCUGUUGUGCCGCUCCUCUACUGCCAGUGCUCUCCGAUUAUAUCAAUAA